GACAGAAAGUGUGCUACGAUCAUCUUUCUUAGUUUUACUUUGGUAUAUUUGGUCGCUUAUGGGUUGGAAAAAUGGUCCACACAGCAAGCUGAACUUACCGCAGUGAUCGAUGUCCGUCCUCCGUCAUUGGCAGGACUCGCGACGUCCGGCUCUAGGAUGAUUUUACCAAAGCAGAAGAGAUUUCUUUUAUUUCCUGAUCACGACACACUGCCUCAUCACGAGUAUCUCAAGAGUUCAGAGGAGCUAAAGAACACAACUUGGGUAGCAGAUCUUCACCAUUACCUUAUGACACUGAACAGAAAUGUCACUCCUCAUGUGAACCUGGUGUUUGCUGACUACAAGCACAGAAUUUUAGUCGUGAAUUGGGUUGUGGCUGCUACACUCAAAGUAAAACCUCCAUUACACAAUGUGUUGGUACUCUCUCUCGACCAAUUGCUCUGUAACUUUCUAGCCAGCAGUAUGCUGUACAUGAAUCAUCCACCAGAUAUAACUUGCAUUGCAGCUCCGGUAGACACCAUGCUAUCUUCUAAAGGUGACAAUUUAUGGAGGGCAUCAAUGAUGAUCCGACCAAUAAUCCUUAGACUUAUCAACUACUGGGGCUUUGAUGUUGCAACUUACGAUUCCGAUGCUGUUGUUCUUAAAAACCCUCAAACGCUCUUUGAAAAGUAUACUCAUGACAUUCUGUCUUCUGCCAGUAUGUGGCCAGACUCUCAAGCCGAGCCGUGGGGUUUCACUCUCUGUGCUGGUGCUAUUUUAUACAGAGCCACUUCUGCUACAGAGACGUUUUGGAGAUAUUUGUCAAAUGUAACUGGACGAGCUGACCAGGUGUCCUUAAAUAAAGCCCUCAAGAACUUGAACAUUUCUUGGAAGGAGACAACCAAAGUCAGUCAAGUAUGUUCAACAGAUGGCUGGGAGGGAGAGGCUGAUGGUGGACUCAGGGUUUAUGUCUUCCCACAACGAUUAUUCUGUCGAAGGAAAUGCUGCAGUAGAUUCAGGGAGGGGGUGUAUGUUGUCCAUCCUGGUGGUCAUCACGGAGAUGCUGGAGCAAAAAGUGAUUCUCUUGCAUGGGUUAAUGCCUGGUUUGUAUCAGUUGUGACAAUCACAAACCGUAGCUAGCUAGCUAUAUAAUAUAAACGAGUGUGUAGCCAAUACAGAAUUGAUAAUCUUGUGUGAUUCUUUCAAAGAGAGUGGUUGG